CCCAGCGGGACUACUUUGUGUGUCCCUCCGCUCCCUGUCUCCCAGUCUCUGCCUGUCUCUCUCUCUGUCCACUCCACUCCCUUCUUCUUCCUGAGCCUUUGAUAUAGAUAUUACAGGAUAGAAAUACACUCAUAUCUGCCUCCUAACUUCUUUUCCAAGCCCCCUUCAGCCUUUCCAGGAACCGGCUCCCUCCUUUUCCUUUCUGCCUCACUGAGGACUACCCUCUUGAGCCCCUUUUUUGGGGCUCCUCUGAGGCUUAUUCUUCUUGUUAUUCUCAUUAUUACAGAGCCAAGACACACAACAAUACACACAACAAUCUCUCUCUGUGUGUUUUGUUGCCACUUUCCUUUCUAUCAUUUUCCUGCAUUCCUCCAUCUAAGACUUAUUUCAUGAUUUGAUUUAGAGAGAGAGUGGGUCCCUUUCUCUCUCAGAUACACACACUCUCUCUCUCUCAACAUCCCUCUAUGAAUUAGGUAAUAAUCUGCCUUUUUUGUUGUUGACUUUAGUCCUUUAUUUUAAAAAAGCCUUUUUAAAAGCCUUUAUUGUCAGGUGAUUGUGUCUAAAUUGGGGGGGAACCUUAUUUUACUCUUCUAAAGAAAGAAUGCAUCUCUUUUGCUCUCUCUCUAUCUACUUUCCUUUUUGAGUUAGGUAACAAUUUGCCUUUAUCAUUGCUGCCUUUAGUCUCAUUCAUAUAUAUAUAUAUAUAUAUAUAUAUAUAUAUGAGAAGCGCUUGAUCUAUCUCUUUCUUGCUCUCAUUUAGGACAACUGUUGUCCUUUUGCUCUUUGCAGUGUGCAUUGAGAGAUAACUUCCUUCUCUGUGUCUGGAAACCAAAACACUUGCCUUUCUUUCUCUGUCUCUUUUCCCUCUGUAUUUUGGGGCAUGAGAGGAACGCUCUCCUUUUAACCCUCCUUUCCUCCAAUCUCUAACUCAAGAGCUGGACUCUUGUCUUAGCCUUUUCCUCCCAGCCCUCUCAAAAGUAGCUUUGUCCCUUUCCUUAGACGCUCCUUGAUCCGAAGCGGUGCUCCUGGUCUUCUUCGCCUCCCUCCGAUCCCUCCAUCUUUGCGGUCUGGUUUUGGGGUCCCCACCAGAAGCCGUCAUGUCUGUGGCGGGGCUAAAGAAGCAGUUCUACAAAGCCAGCCAGCUGGUCAGCGAGAAAGUUGGAGGGGCCGAGGGAACCAAGCUGGAUGAGGACUUCAAAGAAAUGGAAAAGAAAGUGGACCUCACCAGCAAGGCCGUUGUCGAAGUCUUGGCACGGACGACGGAAUACCUCCAACCCAAUCCUGCAUCCCGUGCGAAGCUGACGAUGCUGAACACAGUGUCCAAGAUCCGAGGGCAGGUCAAGAACCCGGGCUACCCCCAGUCGGAAGGUCUUCUUGGUGAAACCAUGAUCCGGUACGGCAAGGAACUGGGCGAAGACUCUAACUUUGGGGAUGCGCUGUUGGACGCUGGUGAAUCAAUGAAGCGCUUGGCUGAAGUGAAGGACUCCCUGGACAUUGAGGUCAAACAGAACUUCAUUGACCCCCUACAGAACUUGUGUGACAAGGACUUGAAAGAGAUCCAGCACCACCUGAAGAAGCUAGAAGGCAGACGCUUAGACUUUGACUACAAAAAGAAACGUCAGGGGAAGAUCCCAGACGAAGAGCUGCGGCAAGCCCUGGAGAAGUUUGAGGAGUCCAAGGAAGUGGCGGAGACGAGUAUGCACAACCUCUUAGAGACAGAUAUUGAGCAAGUCAGCCAGCUGUCAGCUUUGGUGGAUGCCCAGCUCGAUUAUCACAGGCAAGCUGUGCAGAUCCUUGAUGAACUUGCAGAUAAACUCAAGCGCAGGGUGAGAGAGUCUUCCUCACGCCCCAAGCGGGAAUACAAACCAAAGCCCAGAGAAUCCUACGAAUUUGGAGAGAGCGACCAAUCAAAUGGCGGAUUCUCCUGCAACCCAACCCCAAAAGUCUCAGCUUCCUCCUCUUUCCGAUCCGAAAAACCAUCCCGGACCCCCAGCCGGACUUUUUCUCACUUGGACCAGCCUUGCUGCAAGGCGCUCUACGACUUCGAGCCUGAGAAUGACGGCGAGUUGGGCUUCAAGGAAGGCGACAUCAUCACUCUGACCAAUCAGAUCGAUGAGAACUGGUACGAGGGCAUGAUCAACGGCCAGUCGGGCUUUUUCCCCCUCAACUACGUGGAGGUGUUGGUCCCGUUACCUCAGUGAAAGGGCCACUCUCUCGUUUCUGACUUGCGUUUCUCUCUCCUUCUCUCCCCAUCCCUUCCUCUCCUCUACCCACCUGGUCGGCCCAUGGCAGACCGAGGAGAGAAAGAGAGAAGGCGUUCUUCUUUCCUCCUCCCCGCCUUUUACAUUCCGUGGAGUAAUUUCCUGACACUAAUUUCCCACGCCGCGAGUGGGAACUUUCGUAUUGCUGCAAAAAUGUUACCAGAAUGAUGGGGGAAGCAGAAGCACAAGGGGGGGGGGGGGGCUCAAACUGACACCCUGGCCCUGUUCUGCUGUCUCCUUCCUUUUUUGUUUUCCUCCUGUUCCUUCAACUUCAGGAUGUUAAGCCAAGUUAUGCCAGUGGCGGGGAUGGAGCAGGGAGGAUUGGAAACAUAUUGCACUUAUAUGUUUGUGUGUUUCCUGUUCUGGUUUGUGAUCAGCUUCUUGAUAUUUUUUCCUCCCCUGCUCCACCAACAAAGAGUUUGGUUUCUCUGGUUUCACCCCAUGUGCGCACACACACACACACAAACAGCACACUGUGGGAAAAAUCGGGGCUUGUGUAGCAGCCCAUGGGUUCCCAAACUCUAUCCCCUGCAAGUGUUUGGCCUUUAGCUUCCAGAAUCCCCGACCGUAGGUGAAGAUGGCUGACUCUGAGAGCUGAAGCCCCAAACAUUUGGAGGGCCAGAUUUUGGGAACCACUGUUAGCAAUUAUCAGGGGUGUUUUACUGCUGAGGGCUUCAGGCUGGCCUGAAUCAUAAAUGUUGGUAUGUCGGAGACAAGAAACAACUCCGCAAGAAUUUAAGACCGGCUGCCUUGCUUUCCAUCUAUCUUCUGUGGGGCCAGUUUCUCUGAAAACACUACUAGGGAGCUUGUGUCUCUCUGCACCUUGAGAAAUAGGACUCUUCUUCCUUGAUCUUAAGAGCCAUCUUGAAUAUUUCCGCCCCGCCAUGUUUUCCUGAGGCAGCCUUUUCCCCCAGCUGGGGGACUCCUUGCAAUCUCUUGGGACUACAACUCCUGUCAUUCUCAGCCAGCCAGGUCGUGGAUGCGAAUUGUAGUAGUCCAGCGCAUCUGGACGACUGCUGGUUGGUGUAAGGCAGUUGAAAGGGCUGAGGGGAAAGGGAGUAGCAAUGGGACCUUGCUUCAAUGUGAGAUGUGGGCGUUGGGUGUCUCAGAAAGAUGAGGUGGAAAUAUGGAAGCUUCUCUGUAGAAAGUGGGGCCACCUCUGGGCUGCUAGUCCUAGCCUUGUCUAGCCACCUGGAAACCUUUCUUCAGCACCAGCAUUUUCUGCUCUUUGCUUCGUGGGUGGUUUUUAAUAAGCUACCUUGCAUGCAUGAAUGCAGUGUGGCAACCGGGACCGAGCCUCCAACAGCUUUCAGCUCCCAGGGGCAGGGAGGCUGGACAAAGGAGAGGGUGGGCUUCCCUGAGGCGAUGCGAUCGCAAACUUGGGCUAGCCCGCUUUUGAAAACUUGGGAAAGACCCAUCCCAGAAGGAAUAAGGCUGUAUUUAGGAACAGCCAGAUCCACACCCACAGCGUACCACCACUUUCAGCUUCAGGAGCCCAGUCACUGGGUGCUUCCCACUCAGGAGCCUGUUUUAACUCUCCAAAAGGUUUCCCCCAAAACUCCAGACACGCACAAAUGAUAAGCUCUCUAGUUCUUUCUCUAUGUGCCUUGGCCUCCUUUUGAAGGGUGGCACCCCAUCCAAAAUCCUGGAGAGGUAUAGUUGAAACGUAUUUUCAUUCAGUGGGUUGAUUUUAGCUUGCAAAUUGUUGUCAGGUCUCUGGCAAGAGAGGGGAUGGCCCCAUUUGGCAGGGAUGUCGGUCUUUAUGCCAACACUUUCCAUUUGGUUUGGGGAGAGACAGUGGAAAGAACCCUCCCUUUUCUAAAUCAUUUGGCAUGAAAUUGUAUUUUCUCCCCUGGUAAGGAAUGUUCCACUUAGGAUUUGCACCCAGGCAAACCCAAGGGCUGCCGUACGUUCUGGUUGGCACUUAAUUCUUCCCACUAGUUGCUUUUCUUUCCGAUUCAGCCUUGGUCUGAAUGCAACUCUCUACUGGGGCAAAGGAACACCCCGACAGAAUAGCUGAGCCAUAUUUAGCAGUACUUAAAACUUUAUAUAUUCCCCAUCCUAAAUCUAGUGUCUUUACGGUGCUGCUUUCUCACUGCAGGCAGUGGGACCAAACCCAGCCAUGAUGAAUUCUCCUUCCUCCAUCUCUUUUUUUCCUGUAGGCUCAGAGCAGUCCAUCGAUUUGCUUCCUUCCUAGGGAAGCACCUUGAUUUUUGCAGGGAGGUCAUUCAGCCAGGUCUGUAUUCUCUCUUCCAUAAAAACAUUAAUAAAAUGCUACCAUCUUGGGGAAAGAAAGCCUGGUGUAAGCUUCAACAUGGUGGUAGAAUUCAGGCCAAUGUAAACUUAGAGAGUGGGCUCUGCAGGGCCUAAGAGGUGGUGGCCCCAGGGUCAAACAGUCCUUUUAGCUCCCCAGGGCUGCUUGGAGUUGUGGCUAAGAAUAGGGAUAUUAAAGCUGGGUAGUGCUGUGGUAGAUUUCCAGGGACACUUUGGGGAAGAAGGAUGUAAGUGUCAGUGGAAGAAACUGCAAUAUAAGUACAGUAGUACUUAAAACUGUAUCUGAAAGAGAGAAAUGGGCUAGCCUUUCCCACCUAGCAUCAUCCACCUUUCGGCUGCAGUCCCAGAUAUAUAAAUAGCUAAUCCCCCCCCCCCCCGGCCCAUUGGGUUUCUCCAGUAUUUGACAUACCUGUAAUAUUUAUAUUCAUAUAUUUUAUAUAUCUAUAUUUCAACCAACUUAAUUUUGUAGUCGGGUCUCUCCGUCCCCUCGCCUGGUUACGUCUGUAGCCGCAGGGGAUGGAUGUAAUUUGUAAUCUUGUACAAGCAACUUAUAUGUAUAUAAUAUCCCUUUCCUUGCUGUCCUAAUUCGGUAUCUUUUCUUUAAAUAUCUUCACAAGACCUUCCGCACGUCUCCCCGUUUUCUUAACCAAGCACAUUCGCGCCCAGUCUUCUCUUGUCUGUUUGGUCCCUAAUGUGAAUUUUGAGGUGUUGUCUGGAUAGAAUAAAAAGUUCCUUGGAUCCUAUAUUUAACCCCCCUUCGUAAAAAAAAAACCUUCCUUCCCCAACUUACCUGGAAUGAGUACCUUGCAGACUUAUUUCUCUGUUGCAAGCAUGUGUUUUGGAGGGGUCUGUGUGUGAGAUACUUUCAGUGUGGGAUAAUUUUACUUUCCGGAUCCAGUUGUUUUGCAAUUGUACCCUACUUUUCCUUCUUACCUUGCUUUCCUCCUCACAUCGUACAUCUACCAGGACCACUAAAUGUUUUGGGGGUGCAAAAGGACUGGACUUGUGUAUAUACCGACUCUCUUAAUCGCUUACGUUGUCACCAUGGGGUAUAGCUCCAGGCACCGGAUUUUGUUAAAUGGAAUGAAACAAGAUUUUCUCUCUCUGGCCUCCCCCCAAAAAACAACACCUUCGUCUGGACAAUUUAUUGAGAAAGAAAACAAAAAGCACACCUUCUUUCAUUCUUGUUCAUGAAUUAUUUUUUUCUUCCGUUUCGUUUUGUAUCCUUGAAUUAAAAAAAAUGAAAAUAUUAAAUGUUUGAAGGCA